AUGGAGAGGAGACGGGUCGCCUCGGCCGCUCGCCGCUCCUACGUCUCUUCGUCGGACAUGGCGGGGGGCGGCCUGGGCUCUGGCCGCCGGCUGGGCCCGGGCCCCCGCCUCUCCGUGGCUCGGAUGCCGCUUCCGCUCGCCCGGGUGGACUUCUCCCUGGCCGCGGCACUCAACACCGGCUUCAAGGAGACACGGGCCAGCGAGCGCGCCGAGAUGAUGGAGCUCAACGACCGCUUUGCCAGCUACAUCGAGAAGGUGCGCUUCCUGGAACAGCAGAACAAGGCUCUGGCUGCUGAGCUGAACCAACUGCGGGCCAAGGAGCCCACCAAGCUGGCCGACGUCUACCAGGCCGAGCUGCGAGAGCUAAGGCUGCGGCUAGACCAACUCACUGCCAACAGCGCCCGGCUGGAGGUCGAGAGAGACAAUCUGGCACAGGACCUGGGCACCCUGAGGCAGAAGUUCCAGGAUGAAACCAACCUGAGGCUGGAGGCUGAGAACAACCUGGCCACUUAUCGACAGGAGGCAGAUGAAGCCACCUUAGCCCGUCUGGAUCUGGAGAGGAAGACUGAGUCUCUAGAGGAAGAAAUCCGGUUUUUGAGGAAGAUCCACGAUGAGGAGGUGCAGGAGCUCCAGGAGCAGCUGGCCCGGCAGCAGGUCCAUGUGGAGCUGGAUGUGGCCAAACCGGACCUCACAGCAGCCCUAAGAGAAAUCCGUACGCAGUACGAGGCCAUGGCAUCCAGCAACAUGCAUGAGGCAGAGGAAUGGUACCGGUCCAAGUUCGCGGACCUGACCGACGCCGCUGCCCGCAACGCCGAGCUGCUCCGCCAGGCCAAGCACGAGGCCAACGACUACCGUCGCCAGCUGCAGACCUUGACCUGCGACCUGGAGUCCUUGCGCGGCACGAACGAGUCCCUGGAGAGGCAGAUGCGGGAGCAGGAGGAGCGCCACGCGAGGGAGGCGGCGAGUUACCAGGAGGCACUAGUCCGGCUGGAGGAGGAGGGACAGAACCUCAAAGAUGAGAUGGCCCGCCAUCUGCAGGAGUACCAGGACCUGCUGAAUGUCAAGCUGGCCCUGGACAUUGAGAUCGCCACCUACAGGAAACUGCUGGAGGGCGAGGAGAACCGCAUCACCAUUCCCGUGCAGACCUUCUCCAACUUGCAGAUCCGAGGGGGCAAAAGCACCAAAGAAGGGGAAAGUCACAAGGUCACAAGACAUCUCAAAAGCCUCACAAUACAAGUUAUACCAAUACAGGCUCACCAGAUUGUAAAUGGAGCCCCGCCGGCUCUCGAAACCAGCCUGGAUACCAAGUCCGUGUCAGAAGGCCACCUCAAGAGGAACAUCGUGGUAAAGACCGUGGAGAUGCGGGAUGGGGAGGUCAUUAAGGAAUCCAAGCAGGAGCACAAGGAGGUGAUGUGAAGCAGGACCCACCUGGUGGCCCAUGUCCCACACAGCCUGAGGGGUCUGAGCGGAUGGGAUUGUUGCCCCUCCUCUAUAGCUGACUUCCCCAGACCUGAGUUCCCACCUGCCCCAGCUGCUCCCCUCGUCCCUCCACCUCUAUGCUAGCUUGCUGCUCUAGGCUCCAUCGGUACUAGGCCUGCCAGAGGGCACCCACCCUGCACCCAAUAACUCCAACUAACAAGUCACUCCCCACCCAAAGGGGUGGUCUGGAGGGGUGUGGCCAGAAGCUUGGGUUAGAACUGUGGGAGGAAGAAGUUGAGGUCAGGGGACCCAAUAAAUCACCCUCCAUAGCCCUAAUCCCUGUUGUCAUGGCAACUGUUGCCAGAACUGGAGGUCCCUGGGGGUAUCUGGGAAGUGGGCCUUAGAGUUUCCUUAGGCUGUUGGAGGAAAACAGAGACUCAGACAGGAAGGGCAACUCCCCACAGGCAAGAUAGCCCUGGUCAGAGGUUUCUUAUUCUAGACUGACCCUGAGCAGUCUGAGACUGGGUGGGGACAUCCUGCCACUUGGAGUAGUCCCCAGACAGAAUGCCUGGCCUGCCCAGAUCCCAGAGGGGCCUCCUGAGUGACAAUUCAAAUGUCUCAGUCCCACUGAGCUGACAUGUGGGCACGCUUUGGGCAUGCCAUGGGCGUGUGGGAGCUUGAUUCUCAGCACUUGGAGGAUCUAUAGUGUAAGUGGAGAGGGAUGGGGUGCUGGGAAGGAGUAGAGGGGGGCUGCCUGGCCCCUAGCUUGGAUACAGAGAGGUCAAGCCCAGGAAUCCUCCCUCCAUAAGGCUGGAGGGGGAGGCAAGAGGAGAAGGUAGAGGAGGCAGUUAGGAUGAUGCUAGACAUCAGAGUAGGGGGUUAUGGGCAACCAGAUACACUUGGCCUCUGGGUCAUGGGAAUCAAGGAAGUGAUUCAUCCUCUUGAAGAUGCUGACACUAGAGAGAGGGGCUGCUGUCCCCAGGGGCAGGGCACACUUUGUUCCUAUUUUAAAGCCUCCCUCCUUGCUGCAUAAUUCCCCCACCCAGGCCUCUGAGCCACUGUAGCUGCUGCCUCCCAACCCCAGUAACACUGCUGGGUGAAGCCACUGUCCUACAUCAGAUACUUCCCACCCUCCAGUGACCUGCUGUUUUUUCCUAACCCAAGGGCUCUUGUGGUUCCCCUCCUACUCCAAUCCAAAAUGUACCCUCAUACUGUAGGUAGCACUAUAUUUUAUUGUUUGGGGAAUGGAGGCACAAACAGAAUGAAGACUGGUUUGUGCUCUGCUUUCUAUGGGAAGACUGGGGGUGAGGGGCAGGCACAGGACUAUCUGUGCCCACAAAUAGGGCUGAGAGGGCCUGCUCCAGGGUCCUCCUCACCCCUCCAAGGCCAGAAAAGUGAGAGUCCUUCCCUCUUUCCAAGACCUGGUGCCCUUCCCCUCACUCCCUCCUGCCACCCGCUGCUGCUAACCCUCGGGGUACCACUGCAGCCUUUACUUACUAAGGUAAAUAAAGACAAUUGCUGUGGCC